AUGGGAGCUUCUUUGGCCACCGCUGCCGGCCUUCUGACACCAUUCUUGCUGGAUGUUGAUCCAGCUCUGGCGGGCAACCCGCUACUGACCGGAAAGACCGUCUCCUUGAUCCAUCCUGCCGUCAUGCUCUUCCUCUUUGGGUCCACCGCCUGGACUGGCUGGCUGGGCUGGCAGUGGAGGCGCGCGCGCACCAUCCCUGCAGAGGUGAAGGAGCUGAAAGCGCAGCUUCCCAAGCCAGAUGCUGAGGGCAACCGCCCCAGCUCUCCAUUGGAGCAGCAGAUUGCUGAGCUUGAGGAGACGCGCAAGGUGCUGACCAAGGGGGGCUACAGGGACAAGCACUGGAACUGGGGCUCGCUGCUGCUGGGCCUGGGGGUGCUGAUUGCCAUAGAGGGGCCUGUCAACACCUACUUGAGGACAGGCAAGCUGUUCCCGGGACCCCACCUGUACGCCGGCGCAGCCAUUGUUGUGCUCUGGGCUUCAGCCUCAGCCCUGGUGCCCUCCAUGCAGAAGGGUAACGACACCGCGCGCAACACCCACAUCGCCCUCAACACUCUCAACCUCGCCCUCUUCGCCUGGCAGGUUCCCACGGGGUUUGAGAUUGUGCAGAAGGUCUGGGAAUUUGCCCCGUGGCCUUGA